AUUGCAACAAGCAAAAAAGCUUACAUAUUCGUCUUCAAUGGCGAUGCUACACCGAAUAUCAUACCACUGCAACUAAAUGUCAAUGGCCCGUACGACUCCCAUCCACAAACCCCCUAAUAUAUUCACACAAAAACCUGCCAAACCAAUUACAAACUGCAUCAAUGACGCAACAGCUACAUGGAACGACCUACAACGACGAUUGUCAUUCAAUAUGAAGAUUCUCUGAGAAAACGAAUAAGAUUCAAACGCCAAAUUACACUCUCUUACAUUUCGAUCAGUUUUUUAUUGUUUGAUAAACUGAUCGGAAUAUAAGUAGAGGAGAUUAAUCAUUAAUGGAAGAAGAAUUGCCAGGUUCAAUUGGUACUAGCGCAAGCUUAGCCUUAAGAUUGGGGCAGACGCUCUUCUCUGUUGCUUCUCUUCUUUUCAUGUGCGUCGGAGUUCAAUUCUACGCUUAUACUUCUUUCUGUUUCUUGGUGACAAUCAAAGGAUUAAUGAUUCCAUGGAGUUUAACACUAGCAAUGGUCGAUGCAUUCUCUGUGUUUGUCAAACGUCCAUCUCGACAAGUGCAAAUGGUAGCAGUAAUAGUUAUAGGCGAUUGGAUUCUUUCGUUCUUAUCACUAGCAGCUGCAUGUUCAACCGCUAGUGUAUCAGACUUCAUGGUUACAGAAGCUGGUGAUUCUUUUUGUGGCGGGAAAUUGUGCAACAGGAAUGGUGAAGAAAUGUGUAUACAAAUUAAUUUGAUGAAAAUUAAGUGA